ACAGCAGAGGCAGUUGAAGCCAAGAUGGAGACGAAGCGUUGCCGCGAUGGUUUCGUAUCUCGCCUCCACUGAUCUCCUCGUCUCGACUCCAGCAGCAAACCACGUCGCCGACGAACGCCCCAGGCGUUUUGCAGCGCCGCCAACAGCAACAGCAGCAGCAGUAGCAGCGGGAGCCAGGCGGAGGAACCGCGGCACCUUAUUCCCAUGAGGGAUAGGGAGGUGCAAAACAAGACCUCGGAGGCCGACACAUUGAUGGAAGAGAAGCGCAAGAAGAGGGAUGAUAAGAAAAAAAGAGAUUCUUCCGUGAAAAAGGCGUCCGAGGUAAAGCCGAAAGACGCAGCAAAGCCUGUCGGUCGACACUGCUCUCAACAACAGCAGCAGCCGCCGCCGCAGCAGAACCAACAGCAGCAGCAGCUGAACCAACAGCAGCAGCAGCAGCAGGGCGUACUUGCAGCAGCCAGCCCUUCGCUUGCCGCGUGCGCAGCUCGAUUCCAGCUGAGAGAAGUUCCCCCUCGAUUCCGCCAACAGGAGCCCAAGAAGCUGCCCAAGUCUGGACAGACCGGGGCUUCCAUUGGUACGCACAGUGGGCCGACGUCAAACUCCCCGAAGGCUUCGACCCAAGACUCGUCUUCCAGCGCCACAGGAGCUCCUCCAGACUCUGCCAUGAACUCGGGUCCAGCAUUUGAGGACAAUAGCAGCAGCAGCAGCACCACCAACAGCUGGCCCUGCCGUGCACCCGGCGCAAACAGCAGCAGCAGCAACAACAACAACAGCACUGGCGGCAGCAGCAGCAGCAGCAACGCCUCCAUUCCGCCUUCACUGCCGGGCCCCAACGUACAUUGGCACAAUGGCUGGGGUGGAAAGACGGCAUCUUCCAUAUCUGCUCGACAUACCGGGAAACAGCAACAGCAAGCACAAGCCAGCGGCGUGGAGCCGCAGUCUGGUUCUGCGGAACCCGAAGGUGCCGGCGCUACUACCGCCGCAGCAGCAGCGGCGGCGGCGACAGGAUGGGGUGAUGCAGCAGACUCGGGCGUUCCUGAUCGAGGCUGGGGUAAUGAUUGCAAGCACCGUAGCAGCAGCAGCGGUAACAACCUAGGUGCAGCCGGCGCCGCUGCGGUCGGCGGUGGCGGCGGCAGCAGCAGCAGCAGCAAUAAAAUGUCAGGCGCAACCGGUGUUACGGUGGGCAAUGGCAGUAGCAGCGAUAAUACAGCGGGUGCCACAGUAAAAAGCAGCAGCAGCAGUAGCAAUAAUGCGGCAGGCACAGCCAGUGCUACGAGUGGAGGUAGCAGCAAUAACAGCAGCAGCAGCGUGUCGGCCGCAGCUGGCAUGACAGUAAGCGGCAGUUGCAGCAGCAGCAUCGUAGGGUUAGCGGGUGUGACCGUAGUGAGCAACGGUAACAACAGUGGAGCUCGAAGCAGCAGCGGCGCAAGCAGCACCGGCGGCACCGGCGGUGGCGGCACCGGCAGCAGGAACGGACCCCCCAAUCCGUGCAUCAAGACGCCGGCGGGAGAAGCGCCCGCCUCCCAAAACCGGCGCGAAAUCGACCCCCGCGUCCUCUCCAACGCCGGCUGGGGCCAAACGCCGGUGAAGCAGAACACGCCGUGGCCUAUCGCGUCGCCGCCGAGGCCGCAGCCUCCACCUCCGCCGCCGCCACCCACGCAGCAGCAGCAACAGCAGCAGCAGCAAGCGGCUCGGAGGGAGGGAACCAACGCGAGGCAGUGGACGUCACCGUCAUCGUGCGGCUGGGACGAUGGCUUCACGGUGGGCUACUGGGAGGACAUUGCUCCCGCUAUCGCGGCCGCUGCCGCAGCCGCUGCUGCUAGUACUGGUACUGCAUCGUCUUCAUCGUCGUCCUCAACAAAGUCAAAGUUUGGACUGCAGCCCCAUUCGAGCUGGGCUGAACAGCAACAACAACAACAGCAGCAACAGCAGCAGCAACAACAACAGCAGCAGCAGCAGCAGAAGAAUCAUGGAGCAGGGCAAUGGCAGACCGGACGGGCCGCUGAGCAAACUUGGGAUAGCGCUGGCGGUUGGAAUGACUCCCGCUCGCAAAGGGGUGGCGGCGGCGGCGGUGGCGGCGGCGGUGGCGAUAGUGGUGGCGCAAACAGAGGUUGGGGGGGCGCUUCGACUGAGCGCUGGGGAACGUGGGAAGAGCAGGCGGCAUCUGCCAAAGCUGCGGCAAUGGCACAAACACCGGCGAUGCCGCCACCGCCGCCGGCAAUGCCGUCUUCAUCUUCAAGCGCGAUGCAGAGAGGCUGGGAUGAUUCUAGGCCUCCCUCCGCCUACCAGCAGCACCAACAGCAGCAUCAGCAGCAGCAGCAACAGCAGCAGAGGAUGGGCUUGGAGGGUGGGUGGGGAGGUGGCGGCCGGAACAGCGACACGAUGGGGAUGUGGGAUGUAGACUGGGAGGAAGAGGGAAGGUAUGGGCAGAUUGGGAGCGGCGGCAGGAGGAGAGGGAUGUCUGCAUCGAGCGAGCAGCAGCAGGACCGCGGGCGUCCCAUGCAAGGAGGAGCAGCGCCCAUGAGGAAAUUGUCUCCUACUGGCUGGUACGAUCGUUCGCGGCCUUCCGAAGGCUUCUCCCGCGGCGAUGACGGCACAUCGCUGUGGGGUCGAGGCGGAGAGGGAGCAGCCCCGGGGUGGGCGGCAUCGCAUCCCCCGCCCGCCCCCGACCCCCCCGGGGUUCUUCCAACCAACGCCGGGCGACCUGUGUCCGGCUGGGCCAACACGCCGGCCGCUGAGCGCUUCUCCAGCAGAACUGACAGGAGCAAAAUGGACGGCUGGAGUGGGGGACUACCCGCUGCAGAUGGGUUCUCUCCCGACUGGACCACACUCGGGGGGCCCCCCGCUGACGACCUCGCUUCGGAAAGCCUGUGGAAUGGGGGGCCCCUCUCGACGCAUAGUCCUGGGGGACAUCCGUGGAGGAAACCACUGCAGCAACAGCAGCAGCAGCAACAGCAGCAGCAACAGCAGCAGCAACAGCCCAAGGGUUAUGAGCUGAUGCUGGCACGUCUCCUGAAGCAGCUCACUGACCUAGGCUUGUCGAGGGAACAAGCAGAAGAGAUGCUUCUUUCAAACAACCUCAACUCGGACUUGGCACUGGGAGCCCUGCUGAAGGCUAAUGUCGACAAAGCCAACCCGGACUAUGGCGGCGGUUUGACGCGAAGCCCCAACGCUGGCCUGAGAGAGCCCUCGCUGGAGCGCGCUCACCUCUACGAGCAGAAUGGAGGACACAGGAGAGGGUACACCCACCCUUCGCCGGGACAAAUGUUCUCCAAUCCCGGAGCCAGUGCUCGCUCACAGAUUCCAGCCCCAUUUCUACCCAAUCAGUUGUCCCCUGCCCAGCUGUUGCAAUGUGCUGCCAGGGCCAAUAAUAUUAGCCCAGCCCAGCUCAUGCAGGGAAACCUGGGGCCUCAGCAGUUCGCAGUGCUCAACCAGCUCGCUCAGGCUCAGAUACAGCUGGCGCAGCAGAGACUGCUGCUGCAGCAGGGAUCACGCAAUGCAUCGGCGGCGCUGAGGCAGCAGCAGGAGGCGCAGGUGGCUCGUACACUCAGCACGAUUCUACAGCAGCAGCAGCAGCAACAGCAGCAGCAGCUGCACCAGAGAGUGGCGUCGUCUCACCGUGGGAACGCGCACGGACCCCCGCCGCCCCACGCGGACGUGCAGAGCAGGGAGCGGCUCGGUACCAACUCUUUCCUCCUGGCUCCGGGAGCGGAGGCCGCCUCCUUGGACCCCGUGUCGGCGAUCGGUUCUCGGUUCAGGGAGUGGUCGCUCAGUCCCGGGGGCAGUGUGACCUCCGACAAACACGGCUCCCAGUCUUUGGCCUCCUCAAACGCAGCCCAGCUUCUCUCAGACCCCUGGUCCCAGCCUCCCAAUGCCACCACCAUCGCAUCUACAUCAUCGGGAGCGUCAUCGUCAUCAUCAUCGCUAUCGGCAGCCACAGUUGGGGCGGCCAGUGGGGCCUUGCACAGGGAGAAGCCUGGCGCCGCGCCUGUUCUCCUCUCUCCCUCGCCGCCACCGCCCGGCGGAGGAAAAGUGUCCAACGGCACGGAAGGAAUUGGUUGGCCUCCUGAAUUCCGUCCAGGGGAGCCUUGGAAGGGUAUGCAGUAUCUUGACUCGGACUCUGAUGCUGACUCGGCUAUUCAAAAUUCGGUGUCGCCGGCUUGGAGCUAUCCCCUGAACUCCAACGGUUUCCAAAACGGGUUCGACUCCUGCUACGGAAGCGCAUCCUCCAAGUCCCCUGAAGACAUUCGCCAGCCAUGGUCCACUGCCGCCUCUCCAGCCCUCGACUUGUGGAAGCCCUCGUCGUCGCCAUCCACCGCCAACCCAUCCUCCUCCUCCGGCGUGGGAGCAGGGGGCGCUGCCAAGGCGCCGGUUCAACCCCCGUACCGUCCCAGGCAUCCCCCGGGGAUGGGUGGGCUGGGUGGGCCCAAGCCCAUCUCUCAGGACGCGUCCAAGUGGCCUCCUGCGUCGUCGUCGUCGUCGUCAUCGCAGCAGUGGGAAGCUCAAAGCUGGAGCAAUGACUGUGGUACUUCAACUCGGCUGAGCACGUGGCUGAUUUUGAGGAACCUCACACCACAGGUGGACGGCGCCACCCUGCGCACGCUGUGCAUGCAGCACGGCCCUCUGGUCACCUUCCACCUGAGCCUGGCACACAGCAACGCCCUGGUGUGCUACGGCUCCGAGCUGGAGGCUCAGCGGGCGCAGAAGGCGCUGCACAUGUGCAUCCUCAGCAACACCACCAUCAUCGCAGGGUUUGCCGACGACGACGAGAUCAGCCAGUUCUUCGCCCAGCCUGGCGUCAUCACCUCCCAGCUGCCGCCGCCGACUUCUUUGCCGCCCUCUUCGUCGUCUUCCUCGUCUUGGGGGCCCAGCCCGCGCGGCGGAGGCGGCGGGGGGGGCGGCUGGAGCAGCGACGCCGGCCUCUGGGGGUCCGGUCCGGGCGGCUCGAUGUCGCUGUGGGGCGGGGGGGCCCCCCCCCAGAGGGACGCAUCGAGGGGCGGAGUCGGCGGUGGUCUCUCCUCCAACGGGGUCUCUGCGUCGCUCAACGCCUUCCUGCCCGGUGACCUGCUGGGCACCGACGGCCUGUGAUGAAAGAAGGUGGCCGGUGGUGGUGAAUGUGGUGGUUGUGGUGGAUGGUGGUGGUGUCGGUGUUGGUGGUGAAUGUGGUGGUUGUUGGUGGUGGAUGGUGGUGGUGUUGGUGUUGGUGGUGAAUGUGGUGGUUGUUGGUGGUGUUGGUGGUGAAUGUGGUGGUUGUGGUGGAUGGUGGAUGGUGGUGGUGUUGGUGGUGAAUGUGGUGGUUGUUGGUGGUGUUGGUGGUGAAUGUGGUGGUUGUGGUGGAUGGUGGAUGGUGGUGGUGUUGGUGGUGAAUGUGGUGGUUGUUGGUGGUGUUGGUGGUGAAUGUGGUGGUUGUGGUGGUUGUGGUGGAUGGUGGUGGUGUUGGUGGUGAAUGUGGUUGUGGUGAUGGUGUUGGUAAUGAGUGUGGUGGUGGUAAAGAUCUUGCACUUGAGGAUGGUAUAGUGUUGGCGGCUGUGAUGGUGUUGGUGGUGAUGGUAAUGACGGCAGUGAUUGUGCAAUGAAUGUGCACUUGGGAGUUGGGAGUGGUGGUGUUGGGGUUGAUCAUAUUGAGUGAUGGGUUGCGGUGGUUAUAUUGGUGCGAUGGCUGUGAAAAUAGUAGUGGUGGUGAUAGCAGUAGUGGUGGGUUUUUGUAGAUGUCGUGUUGAAGGCGUUUGUGAUGGGAGUGGUGAGGGUGUUCAUUGUGGUGGUGGUGGUGAUAUUGCUGAUGAUAAUUGGGUUUAUGAUUGUAAUCGCAGUCAUGGGUGAUGAUCGUAAUGUGAAGUUGAUUGUUUUAAAGAAUGAUGGAGGUGGGACAGGUUUAUGUGAGUGGUGAGGGAUAUCCUGAUGAUAAUGAUGAUGCUAUUAAUAAUGGUCAUCACUACGCCGAAUGAAAGCGGCAACAUUUCUUAAUUUGAUACAGAGGAUGGUUGAUUGAUACUGAAGGCGGCGGUGGUGGCGGUGGUGGCGGUGGUGGCGGUGUUAGUGAGGAUGAAGAUGAUGAGACACAGAUGCCUGGUGGUCCAGAUGGUGAAUCUGGCUGGAGCUCGAAACAAACACGUGCCAUUUGUGUUUGACGCCGAUGCAGUGGAAUACGACGAUGACGACGACGAUGAAGAUGCAGUUGAAGAUUACGAUGCAGUUGUGAAGACAAAAGGUGGCAAACGAUGAUGAUGAUGACGACGAUGGCAAUAAUUUCGAAGUCAACAUUUUUACGGGAGACUUCGCCAACAACUCUGACAUUGACUGCGAGGAGGGUUGAAAGUCUACGGCAGCUUAGUGUGCACGCAAACGACGGCACGGAUGGUGACGACGUCGGCUUCUCCGCCUUCAACGCGGAGAAGUUGAAACGCCGAGGUCACCACCAAAACCGUAGCUGGAAAUACGAAGGUUGAAUCACACGUGAAAAACUUGACGGUCAAUCAAUCCAAAUUCUUGACGGUUUGUCAAGGCAUGGUAGUGCGCGUGUCGCUGUAUCUACAGCCUUGAGCCAGCGGUGGCGAUUCCACAUUCCUAUGGCAAGUGGGCUGCGUGGGCGGGGGGGGAGGGGGAGUGAAUCGUUCUUUCCUUCUUUAGCAGUCACUGCAGACCUGCUGUGAAGUGGCGGUCGGGUACUAUUAGUUGACGAGCGGUCGUAGCCGUUAAGCCGGAGUCAACUCCCGAGCGCUCGCUUGUGCAACGUGGUGCUUUGCGUGCAACGGAAUUCGCUUGUGGUCGGACGUGUGUCGGCAACCGGGUUUGCGAGGAGUUGCGCGUCCAGUUGCCGACAACGACGACCGCAGCGAGGAUUUGCAGCGACAUAUUCCGUCGCCCUCCCGCGCUGCCGCGCUUAUCGUCGCCCCCCCCCCCGGGGAUUUCGGCCGUUAAUGAUCGCGCAAUCUCAUUUCUUCGUCGCGCAAACCACAGCUCGCGCGUGUGCGGACCCUGCCUCAAGGCCUAAAGGCUGCUGGUCAGUGUAAAAGUUUACACGCACGCACGCACGAGGACGUUGCACUUUACAAUGUGUGGUGCCUUGGUGGGGGGGGGGAGGGGUGGUUUGCGAAGUUUGUGUGUAAUAAUGCGAAAUAAUAUUUAACAAUGUUGUCACACGUGACGACGUUGGAGGCACCGGGGGAAGUGAUGGCGAGGGAAGGAGGUGGUGCUGCCGUGUCUCCCCCGGGCAGCACGAUGCUGUGGAUUCGAUGUUGGGGGGGAUGGGGGUGGGGGGAGUGGGGGGGGGGGCAGAAUCCCAACAGAGCAAAAUGAUCAGCAACGUUUUUCAAAAUUGGGACCCCACGUUGCUGGCCGCUCGCGGUCGACCCACGGCAGCCGAUGCUGAAUUGUACGCACGGGACGGUGUCUCAAUUUGCCGAGUAGCGAAACAAUUCUACUAGGCCGUUACAAAAUAUAUACGGCGGGGGGGAAGUGAGAAAUUUUAGGAAUGCGUAAAAAGAUACACCGGUUAUAAGGUUUAGUUUAUAAUGCUCAGGAUAAUGGCGUCGGUUGAUGGCGCAAGUUUAUUUACAGCUGAUUCUAGACAUGAUCGUGUGGGGUUAAAUGUGUGGGUACUACCACCACCUCCUCGCAAGACGUCUGGAGUCGGCGAAAUACGUCCUCUGUGGUGAGGCCAGCAGUGGCAUGAGCGAGCAAUUGCAGGGCUGCAGCUUUACCUUUCAUAUGCAAAUUAAACGCUACCGUUUACAUUUCGGCUGACGACGCGAACAAAGUGGGUGGCUCAAGCCACCUUGAAUCGUGACAAUUCUUCUAAUGGCCGGUAGUGGGGGGUGGGUUGGGGGCACGUCGGGUUAUGUGUUACAUCAUGGGUAUAUAAACAAAAAUGCACACGUCUCUGUGUUAACGCGUUAGUGCCGUGUGACGCAGCGCGUAGAGUUUUGAGCGCGCGGCGUUUAAAUGUAGAGGGGGGAGGAGGUGGGGCCCCAUCGCGCUGAUCCGUACCAACUAGCGGAGCCGUCCCUAGCUAGUGUAGAUGGCGAAUCGGAGGGGGGGGGGGGGCGGCUACCCUGGCCCCCCGCGCUUUGGGGGAAGAGGGGGGGCCCUGCGCGCUUCGACGGUGCGGCGUCAUGGACAGCCUUGCCGAGUAGCGCAACGGUCGGAGCACCGGACUGGUCACGAGCUCCGAUCCUCCCGACCGCUGGUCGACUCCGCCGAUGGUUGAACGGUUGUCCCCAUCGAGUGGCCGUCUCCUGCCACGAUCUAUGUGGAUUUUCCGCCGUUGGUCGCCGCUUCAACCGAGCGGUCCCCACUUUUUUGCGGGAGAGCGAGAGAGCGCUAUGCGGGGAGAGAAACUCGCCCCCCAACCACGCAGAUGUUCAAUGUUCACCGCUGUCGCCCGCUAACUUGAGUUUGAUCCCGCUCUGUGGGAAAUCAUCGCGAGCGAUUGUCCUCCAUGCAGAGACCGGUCCCGUCCCCCCCCCCCACCCCCCCACCACGGUAAUGUGGAAUUUCCACCGCUAUCGCUGCUAAAACGAGUGGUACCACUUUGUGGGGAAGUCGACGCAAGCGAUCAACCGGCAUUCCCCCUUCACCGCCGUGGGAAUGCGGGAACUUCCACCGCUGCCUUGGGACCCACCAGCGGAGACGGAACGCCACCACGCACGGAACGGGGGGGGGGAGACUUUGACCCUGGUGCUGUGUGUGUGUGACCCCUUGCGCGCGCUGGGUGCUUCCUGAUUGGGGAGUCACGCCCCAGGAAGAGGGCGACGAUGGCUGUGGGGGGUCGUGUCGGAACGCUCCACGCUGCGAUGAGAACUCCUUAACAGACACGACGCCGACGACGAGAUGUUCACCAGCAGACGUUCCCCGGGGGGUCUGCUUUUGUUGAUCAGAUCUCGACGCACUUGAAUCUGGCGUUGAAAACUAUCGUGCCGUCGUUUGGCGAGGAAGAGGGGUGGAGGAGCGGUUUUGAGUUGCUCAAGAAACUGUUACAACGACAACAACGCCGCCCACCGCCCGCUGCCUGCAUCCCGAAUCGCCGCGGGGACCCCGGCACGUUCUCGACCGAACCGACGUGACCAAGUUUCUUCCCGGCUGGCGAGAAAUAAAAACGUGCGAUCCGGUUGGAGUGAAAAGUUAAGCACGUAAAAAAAAAACACAACACAACAACGAUAGGACCCGUUUGCUCUUCCCCCCCCCACCACCCCCCGUCCCCCCGAGAGAGAAGCGGUUUUAUUCAACACUUUGAUCAACCGCCGAGGACUCGAAUAUGCAAUCCAGUGCUGGGGAGGGUGGCCGUGGCGAUUGCAGGGGGGGGAGAGGGGGAAGCCCCCCCUCCGAAUUUCUGUCGGCGGCCGACACCGCACGCGCGCGAGCGACGGGGGGAGUGGCUCGUUCAAGAAACAUCUCCCGGUGGGGUCGGUAGAAGGAGAGGAAGAUGACGGACGUCGGCUGGAAGAUUUUUUGGGAUAUUAAGUCCAGUAAUGUGCCUUCAACGAACUCUAUAACGUUUUUAGUGGUGUGAACAUAUUUUCGACGGGUUUGUUUUAGGGUUUUUUUUGUUGCAUUUUGAUGCUGUGAAUCUUCCCAUGUGAAAUUAUUUUUAGGGGUUUGAACG